AUUUCUUAUCCUCAUUCUUUAAGUUAUUGAAUAGGUUAACUCUUUUGCCUUUGACAGAUCUGGAAUCACUACCAAAUAUUCUACAAAAGAAGUAUGCAUUGAUCCGUGAUCUGGACAAAAGUUUGCAAGGGUUAUCAUUCAAUACUCUGACUGUUUGUGAUGUAAUCAUGAUUCAAGUAGAUACACACAUACAACAGCUUGAUCAAUAUUUGAAAAGAUUUGAUGAAGAGCUCCGGUGUGAAAGAGAGAACGCUGCUGCUGCUGCUGUUUUGCCUGCUACAAGUCUUAAUGGCAGUACGAAAUCUGGAAGAAGUAGUGAAGGUGGAAGUGGAGGGCGUCAUCCUAGGCAUCCUUAUAUUUGGUUUCUUUACAGAUUGCUUAAACUUGUUUUUGUUAGCUGUUAUUGUGCUGUUGAUUCUUGCUUUCGUGUUCCUGAGGAAGUCAUUUUCUCUAUUACUUGUGCAAGUUGUGAGAUCACCCCGGAAACAUGGCUGGCAACAGCAACGGCAGCAGCGGUGGCAGCAACAGAAGUAGCAGCAGCUGCUGCUAAUCCGACUGGCAUGGAGCUAGAUUUACCAGUGGAUCCAAAUGAGCCCACAUACUGUUUCUGCAACCAAGUCAGCUUUGGUGAGAUGGUGGCAUGCGAUAACCCAGAUGCAUGUAACCGAUGCAAGAUAGAAUGGUUUCAUUUUGGAUGUGUUGGUCUUAAAGAACAACCAAAAGGAAAAUGGUAUUGUUCAGACUGUGCUGCUGCAAAAAAUCGCCGCAAAAGCAGAUGAUGCUGAAUUUUUAUUUAGACAACCUAGAUGUCGAAGUUUAUAUUUUGCAAUGACUCUGGUAUGUUGUCAACUUUUAUCAUAUCGUUGUGUUAUGUUAUGUUUCAGGAACUUCUGUGGGUAUAUUUAAGAUCUGUUAGUAUUUCAAUUGUAUACUUUGUUUGACUUAUUUAAAAGAAUUUUGCAGGAAGAUUAGGAGACUCCUUCAGUACAUAAAAUUAUAUUUCUUCC